AUGAUAUCAGAAAGGAAAUGGAGGAAAUGUACCAGGCUUUACAAACUGCGUAACAAGCAGAGGAUCUCAGUGUCUGCAGCCUCCAAACUGCUGUCCAACAUGAUGCUGGGAUACAGAGGCAUGGGUCUGUCUAUGGGGAGUAUGAUCUGCGGCUGGGACAAGCAGGGUCCAGGUCUGUACUAUGUGGAUGAUAAUGGCACUCGUCUCUCCGGCCGGAUGUUCUCCACUGGCUGUGGGAACAGUUAUGCGUAUGGUGUCGUGGACAGUGGUUAUCGUGAGGAUAUGACUGUGGAGGAGGCGUAUGAGCUGGGUCGUCGUGGUAUUGCUCAUGCCACACACAGAGACGCUUACUCUGGUGGUGUGAUCAACCUUUAUACCACAUGCAGAAGGAUGGCUGGAUCAAGGUGUGUAAGGAGGACGUGUCAGAGUUAAUCCACAAAUAUAAGAAGGGAAUGUUCUGAUCACAUAUGGUCUCUCAUUCAUGCAAAACUCAGUUUUAUCAUUUUAUCUGAUACAGUGAAAAUUAAACUGUUCUCAAA